UCUAGUCGUUCGGGUGGCAACAAGCUCACACGUUUUAAUAACGUCGGACUAAUGAAUUUAAAAAAUGCAUGUUUUUAUAAGAGAAUGCUGACAUCUAGUGGAACAUUGACGCCACUACCGAACAUUUGUGUUCUUCCUGUAAUUGCUCCGGAACAUAAAUGUUGACGGACCGACGCCAUUAUUAGCUAACAAUGCUACAGCCCGCUAGGCGAAAACAAACCUAUAUUUUACCCACAAUAAACCGACGGCACUACUUGAAAUGCUGACCCACGACCAGAAACGGCUGUGGAAGUACGUGGAAGAGGGCAGCUUGCUCAAACUCAAGUCCUACCUACGGAAGCACCAAGACUUGGACGUAAACUUCACCCAGGGCAAGAGACAGAGGAGCCCGCUGCAUCUGGCGUGUAGCCUGGGGGACGACGCCAUGCUACGGCUGCUCCUCGAACACGGAGCGGAUGCGCUCCGGAGGGACAGGAAGGGAAACACGGCGCUACACGUCGCCGUCAACAGGGCCCUGAAAGACGGGAAAACGGCUUAUGACGACUUGGUUGUACCUCUCAGAAAACGUUGUCCAGAGGCCAUGAACGCCUCUAACAUUGCCGGAGUGACGCCCCAGGAUCUCCUGAACUGGAGCAAACACACAGAGACAAGCACAGCCGCAAGCACAAGCGGCCGGUCAGAGGCUGACGCGGAACGAGACUGGAUGGAAAAGCUAUUUGGCGAAUGUGAGGACGAAUUCUGUGAAACAUUUGGAGUUUAUGACGCGGACGACUUCCUUCCUGUUGAUGACGAAGAGGAGGACUAUGGGGACUGGGCUGACCGUAUUAGAAGAGAAUAUUUCUCUAAGAAACAAGCUGAAGCUCAGAGAAUGGCGGCCGCGUCAUCGUCUGGCUGGAAGAAGAAGAAGAAAAGCAAGCGAGAGGGAGAGGAGCAGAACUACAAGGAGCUGCAUGAGAGGCUCCAGAAAGAACACAAUGAGUAUUUGGCACGCGCCGCACGCAAAGAAGAAGAGACCCGUCAGGGCAAGAAGCGCCGCUACGAUCAAAUGUGUGCGGCCACCUUCAACGCCGGGGCGGCUGAAGGCAGGGAAGCCAAGCUGCUUAGCUACGCCGACAUCCCCUGGCCCACGCCACGCGGCACCGUUCAGGAGAUGGCGGACGUGAUGCUGCACGGCGUGGACCGCAAGGAUGCUGUGGGUUUUCGGAAGGCGCUACGGAAGCUACAGACGCUCUGGCAUCCUGAUAAAUUUGCACAGAGGUGCGAGGCAAGGCUGGAGGAAAAGGACAAGCAGAGGAUCCUCGAUACGGUGACGGCUCUGUCGCAGGAACUCAACAGGCUGGCUCAGGGUCUGAAGACGUAAAGUCACUUCUAUAGCUUUUUAUGGAAGUCUAGGUCUUCUUUUGAACAUGGAAGAUGUUUCUACAGGAGAAUGAGCACUUCCAGGAACAAACUGGUUUCCACCAAGACACCAGCUGCAGCUUUAAUCAGGUACUGUCAUCCGUAAGUUACAUUUUAAAUGCCAUACUAUGUGUAAAGUAUUGUGGGUAAAAUGGCCUGUGGAAAUACGGAAAACGUGAAUAUUGUCACCUGCAUUACCGGGAAAGAUCAGAUUUUUUUUUCUUUUAAUAUAAGUUUGCGAUAAACUUUUUUUAAAUGUGAGGACGACGGGUAAGAAGGGCAAAUUAUAAGAGUUUCGGCAAAAACGUGAGGUUUUUGUGACA